UAUUUCCCUAACUCCUCACUGAAGCGGUCGCUUUAAGUCGAGAACUUUGUCGCUUGCAAUAUUGGCAAGCUCUAAAACCCCUGUCAUGCCGUACCUAACGGGAUAGCUACGCCAACAGAACGGACUAUUUUCUGGCGAUCGCUUGAAAUGUUCCACCCGUCCCCAUGAAUGGAUUUGGCUGACACUUGUUGGUUGUUGUAAAUCUUGAGAAGUUUUGUUGUUUAGAUAAGAAAAAUGAGUGAAAUUCGCUGUUCAUGAUGCUCUUUCACGUCCAUGGAGCACUCGUUCGUGUUGUUCAUGACGUUUAUAAAACGAGCACCAGUCUUAGAUUCAAUGUAUACAUGAAAGGAGAGGAAUCUUAAGCCUAAAGUUGUGUUAGUUAGACCAUGGUUAGGCUAAGUUCUUUCGUGUAUAUAUUUGAACACUAGAAUUUGUGAAUGCUAACGAAUCAUAAAAUGAUUUAUGGAGGUGUGAUUACCUUUCCACCUUGGUAAAAUAAUGGAAAAUAAUUCUACUGGGAAUACUGACAGGGCUAUGGAAGUGGGCAUCAACAAUGGCCCAUCUUUCCGUGGUCACUCUGGCCGGCCUGUCUCAACUAUGUCGGAUACGGAUGCAGUGUCUCCGAUUGCUGGAAGCACAUCCCCACCACCAAUGCCACACCAUCACACUCCUCACCACCAUCACCACUACCAACAAAUUACAACAAUAAUUGUUAACAAGGAUGAGAAUGGGUAUGGCAUGAAGGUGUCGGGAGAUAACCCUGUGUAUGUUCAGUCAGUAAAAGAAGGUGGUGCUGCAGCUAGAGCUGGUUUGCAUAGUGGAGACAAAAUAAUGAAGGUGAAUGGUGUGAACGUUGCUCAUUCUACUCACACAGAAGUUGUGGAGCUAAUAAGAGCUGCAAAUCACGUCACACUCACGGUACAACAACGACCGCACCACACCAACCCUCUUUCGUCUCCUACAAUGACAAGUCGUCCGUUCUUCCACAACCAUUCAACACCUUCACGGGAGCGAAUAACAAGUCCCCAACCUGUUGAUUUGGAGAAAAAAAGACAACUCCAGUGUGAAAGAGUCCAUACUUAUCGUUUAAUGCUGGAGAAAGAGCAGCGCUAUGUGGAAGCUCUUCGUAGUGAGUUGGCAAGGUGCACUGAUCCUGCAAGUGAAGCUAAGUUUGUUCAGGAGUUGACAGGGGCUGAGCGCCGUGUCAGGACUCUUCAAGAGAAACUUUUUAGUCAGACUACCAAAGCUCACAGCCAGAGCCACUCUCACAAUCAUGAUGGAGAGGGGUCUCAAGGCAAUGUUCACACCCACCACAGGGCAAAGUCAAGUCCAGACCCUCUCAAUAAUCAUUCAACCAAUGCUGAAGCGUCCAAACGGUUGAUUGUGUCAGAGUCUCUAUCUGACCUUUCUAAUGCUAAGCGGAGUAAAGGCUGGGACUUGGACUCCCCACGGGUAACGCCUCCAGGCACACCUCCCCCUCCGUACGGAGGAGGCUCUAGUACUACCCCUGGUAGUGAGAGAACCGAGUCGUCUUCUGCUACUGGUGAUGGCACUGAUGAAAGUGCUCUGCUGCUAGAGGAGUCUCUUGAUACAUCUCCUGAAUCAGGCAAUGCUAGGAGUCAACAACCAAUUAUUUCAAUGGAGGAUGAUGACAUGUCUGAUCAAGAAGUGCUGGAAGACCAUGGUCCCUUCAAAAGUCUGUCAAAGUUAUGGGAGCACAAUGCUCAUUUAGCGGUAUUCAUGAACUAUGUAAUUUCUAACAGUGAUCCGUCCAGCUUACUGUUUUAUUUAGUAACAGAUCUGUAUAAAGAAGGUAAUGCCAAAGAAAUGAAGAAAUGGGCAUAUGAAAUCCACUCCAGUUUUCUUGUUCCUGGAGCACCUCUUAGGCUAAAUAAUGUUGAUGAAAAUGUUGCUCGUGAGAUAGAUGAUGUGCUUCUUAAAGAAUCAGAUAAGGAAGAGAUUUUAAGAAAGGUGUUUUGGAAAGCCCGAACAAAAGCUAAAGAAGAACUGAAUGAACAGCUUGCAGAUUUCCAACAGAAGCGCACUGCAGGCUUGGGCACUUUGUUUGGUCCAGCUGAUGCUCAACUUGAUGAGAGUAUACAUGACAAAGGCAAAGAGAUGAAAAUUGUCGAGAGCAUUCUUAUCCCCAAAAUUGAACCCUACUUAGAUGAUAUUGAAAAGGAGAAUGUGGAUAUUAGGCGAUAUACAACUGCUGCAGCCCUGGGAACUGUGAUGGGCAAAGUAUUUGGACUGAGAGGACCCCAUUCUAGUUCUUUACUAGAACGCUGUCCAACUUUCGUUUCUAAGGAUAAGUCUCUCAAGGCCCGCAUUAUUGGAAAGUCAAGAAAGGUGUCUGUGCGAGGUCAUAACUUCAAUGCUCAUCAGUACUACUCAGUUACAUACUGUAAUCAUUGUCAACUUAUAAUAUGGGGUAUUGGACCCCAAGGAUAUCAAUGCACUCACUGUGGUCUUAAUGUCCACCGACCGUGUGUACGAGUUAUUGAAGAGAAUUGUCCAGGUCCACUUGUAAAGAAGGAUCGGGGCAAUGCCAGCAUCAGCAAACUCAUGGAUAGAAUUAGAGAGAGGGAGACUCGUCGCAAGCCUAGUUCAUCAAAUCUCAAACGGCUCCAGUGUGGCUACGUCGCUCUCCUAUCCAAUCCGAAAAAGAAUGGCUAUGCACCUAAGAACAGAUUUUUAAGCCGGGUUUCAAGUUAUCGAAAAUCCUUUGGCAAGCGCCAGUCAGAGCUCAACGAGGACGGCAGCCAGCCGGUGGACGGAGAUCACGUAGCAGGAGACCGUCCAGGCAAGCUGACGGACAAGAGGGACCGGUCGGACCCCGGCCCCGGGGGCGCGGAGGAGGCGAGCUGCGCCGGCCCUAGCGGCGCGGCGGCGGCUGGCGGCGGCGGUGGGGGCGGCGCGGGGGCGGGUCCCGCCUCGGGGGGCGGUGCCGGCGGCGGGCUAGGGCCGGCUGCCGGGGGAAGCCCCUCUGCCGCGCUGGCCAGCCUCGCCCUGUCCAGCUCGGCCGAGGCCCAGGGUGACUCCAGCCCGUCUCGGAUGCUGGGCAAGGCCAAAGGGAGCAGCAUCAACCGCUCGGAGAGCUACCGCGAGCGCGUCUCGCAAAAGAAGCAGCUUCGUGAGCGCCGCAAGACGAGUGACCCCAACCUCUCCAAGAGCAACGACGCGGACCUGGAGGGCCACGGGGGGCUGGCCGCCUACCAGUCGGGGAGCUCCAGCAACUCGAGCUUGUCGAUCCGAGCUAUUCCACACGGAGCGCUCGCACGUCCGGACGCUGAAAGUGCUGGACCUGGUGUUCCGGAGACCCAUGCUGGAAGCUGGACUGCUGUAUGACCAGCAGAUGGACCGUGUCUUCAAGAACCUGGAGAAGAUGCUGGAGCUACACAGUAAUAUUAAUAACUCCUUUAAAGCCAAGCGCAAGGAGAACCCUGUUGUUGGUGAGGUUGGAGACUUGUUACUGAGUUUGUUUGAUGGCCCUGCUGGCCAUGAGUUUGAAGUAGCAGCUGGUACUUUCUGUGCACGGCAACAGAUAUCCUUAGAGACUCUGAAAGAUCGGCGCAAGAAAGAACCAAAAUUUCAUAAUUUCCUAACAGAAGCUGAAGCUAACCCAAUGUGCAGGCGACUUCAACUGAAAGACAUAUUGCCAGCUGGCAUGUUGCGGUUAACGAAGUAUCCUCUCCUAUUUGAAAAUCUAUUGAAGUAUUCAUCAAAUCCAGAUGAUUCCUUUUCGCCUGAGUAUGUCAAAAUACAAAGGGCUCUGGAGAGAACAAAGGAAAUUCUGAACUAUGUUAAUGUAGCUGUUAGAGAAGCUGAAGAUAAUCACAAGCUUGUGGGAAUACAGAAACGUAUUGACCGAUCAGCAUUUGAUAAAUCUGAUGGGUGCCAGGAAUUCCGGAACCUGGAUAUUACAAAACAUAAGUUAAUUCAUGAGGGUCCCCUCAACUGGCGCAUUGGGAGCAGACAGAAAUUUGUAGAUUUGCAUGUACUACUUAUGGAAGAAAUCAUCAUAUUACUGCAAAGACAAGAUGACAAAUUUAUUUUAAAGUAUUACAAUGUAAAUUCAGGAGGCGCAAGCUCUAAUGAGCGCGCUCCAACUUUGUCCCCGAUAAUUAAAGUGUCCACUGUAUUAGUGCGGCCAAAUGCUGUUGACAAGAAAGCGCUCUAUUUAGUAAACACUUCACAUAACGGGGCACAAAUUUAUGACCUUGUAGCUUCUUCCUCUUCUGAAAGAAAAGUAUGGUUUCGUCGAAUAUCAGAAGCUGCUGAAAAGUAUAAGAAAACUGAUAACAGAAGUCGCAGAUCUGAAGUCUCCAAUAAUCAGCCAGAUGAAUCGAUGGAUGGUGAUAAAGACAAAGUUCCUGAUGAUGUUCCUCAGAGUUGUCCUGAGGAUGAUACAUCUGUUUCGGAUAAACAUCCUGGUGAUGCAUUAUCAACCAGUACCCCUGUUGCAAGUGGCAAUAUUCAAGGUCCCCAGUCAUCAUCAACACCCAAAACACCUACUGGUGAUUCCGUUGUUUCACCCUCGUUCCAUAGGAGGAGUGAGCCCUUAAGGCUUACAACUGAAGAGAAUGCUCUCAUUGAACCGUCAGAAGUAAGAGUUUCACAACGGUCUGUCCUAACUGCGGAACCAGUUCUUACUCCCAUAGAGCGAUUAAGAAGAAAGGAUGAAGCCGUUCGUCAAGCUCUCUUGGAAAAGCAGCAACUAGUUGCGGAUAUUCUACAUGUUCCGCGGGAGGAGUUUAGCACUAUUGCUGAAAUUGCUGCUCAGCCCAGCCAUGACAAGGAAGCAGCAGAAGUUGUGCUUGCUGCUAUUAAUCAAGUCAAUUUGUUAUCGUCGGUUCUAAAUGAGAGUUUACGAGUAUCAGAAGAAGACACUGUAGUGGCAUCUGUAGGAUCCUCCCCGCGAUUGGAUCGGCGAUCAACCUGCAUGCCAAGUGUUCCAAUUGAUCGUUUAAUAGAUGUGUCUUCCUCAAUUGGAACUCAAUUAACACAGUUGUUGAAAAUGAUGAAAGAGAGAGACGAGGAACGAGAAAGAUUGAGACGUGAACUUCAAAGGUGUCGAGAACAGCUUCAUGUGAUGCAUGAAAGUCAAAGGAGAGAAAAGGCUGAAUCACAACCCAACACUCCUUCUGAUAAUGAAAUAACAGGUGGUGAAGGAAGCUCCAAUCGGCUUUCUAAUGAGUGGAACAAUGAUGUCUCUGAAGUCUUGGAAGAAUUACUUCCAAGGCUGUCACUUGCAGGGGAGACUGAAACAGAAUCGGGACAGGACAGUGCAGCAUCUGUGGUUCUGAAAGAAAAAGAGGAGGAGGAUGGAACAACUGACUGCGGAGCAGCUGAAAAAAGAAGUGGUGUGAAUGAGAGUGAGGGCAGUCCACACUAGUCAUUCACAAGAGGAAGAGUCUCAAGGUCAACCAACUAUCCUAUUCAUAAGUUAGAUGCAGGCAUUUAUAAAACUGGAGUCUUUAUCUCCUUAGCAGCUCUCAGUGCCCCGGAGCUGAAACUAGUCUUAGCAUCUCUUCUGAGUAUCAAGUACUUAGUCUUUAGGGUGUGGAAUUCUCAAGCAUUGUUAUUGUUACUAAUUCAAUGCACUAUUUUACCUGUAACUGUUGCACCUCUCCUCUGAAAUUGUUACACCUAACAUUGUCACAAAUGUUGAUUUCAUUUGGGUGCAACAUUACAAAUUUAAGUGACAUGUAGAGAGAGAAACUAUUUGUAGAUAACUGUUAAAAUCUAUUUUAAGUGUCCUUUGUUAUUGCUUACCAGUGUGCAUAUGUUUUCAAUUGAAUAUCAUUUUUAAUCAAUUUCAUCCUAAGUUUUCCAUUGCAAAACUGUGAUACUGUGCAUCAGGAGUGUGAUGUGUAUGAGGAGAGACUUUUGGGAAAGCUGUUGUAUUCUUUGGUGUGAUAUCAUUUUGUUUCUUUUUGUGUAUUUAUUUAAUGGGAAAUCUUAUUGUCGUGCUUGUGUUAAAAUCAUGUUUUUGUUUUGUUUUCAAUGAAAUAUUUCAGAGUUGAACAGUCGGGAUGUGUUGAAGUGAAAAUCAAUUCACAUACUUGAACUUUUUAACAGACAUUCUUCUGGUACUUGUUCAUAUUUCCACAAUCUUUUUUCCCCCUUUUUCAGAUACAAGACAAAAAUUAGUGCUUGAAUAUUCUAUCAUAACCUUAGACAUUCCAAUAUUAAACCCUAAGGUUCCGAUUAAAGUUCUUUGGAGCUCUGUUCAAGUAGUCCCAGCUAAAUCAUUAAGUUCUUUGCCAUCAGACAGACAUUCGUAAAAUGAUAGAAUUUAUUUCAAUUGCAUAUCUAGUUAUAUAUGUUACGAGAAAUAUGAAUUUGGUACUUAAGUUCUGAACUGAUGUCUUUAUUCUGUUAUUUCCCUGUUUGUAUCAACUGUUCAGUUACUUCUACUUUUAAGAAAAUCAAUGUUAAAAUGAAUUUUGUUUUUUUUAAAUCAACGUUUUGAGUCUUAACUUGUUUCUUGACUGAUCAAGUUUUAAUAAUGGCCUAUAUUAUCCUAAAUUUCUUGUCUUUGUUUUAUUAUUUCUAUUUUGAGUGAGUCUUUUGGGAACAUUCAAUAACUCUUAUUCUUAAUUCCACAAUUUAAAAUAUGUUCUAUUUUCUUGUUCUUUACCUGUAAGAUGUUUUCACAGAUCUAUGUGCAAAGUUUAGUAAUUAUCUUAAAUUUAUUUUUUUAUUUGUGAAAGUAUUGUCCUUUCAUAUAUAUGAACUUGCAUGUAAAAUUAAUUGCUUUUUGCCAUAUAUCUGAGAGUUCAGUUGGCAAAUUUGUGAACGUCGACUGUUGCUUUUAAAUUAAAAUUAUCUGCAAUGACACUGUAUUUUAGUAAAUCUCUUAGUUGAAAUUUCUUAAUUCUGACUUUUAGUUUUGAAUUGUUGGAGUCUAGUCACAUGCUCUUUGCAUGUCUAGUGUGACUCUGCAUUUGCCAAGUCACACAGUCUCAUUUACCAGCAUUUUUGCUCUAUAAUUUGUGUUACAAAUGUACCUAGCAUUUAAGCCAAAUGUGACUGUAAGUUUCAAUUUGGUUACAUUUAUGAGCAUUUCAAUCAUUCAAUCUGAUGUUUUUAGGAAUCCUAUUCUCAGAAAACAAGAACUGUCAACAUUGAUUCAAAGAUGAGGCAGAGAGGUGAAGUAGCAUCCGUACUAUCAUAUGCUCUCUCUAGUUUGCACUUGUUCAUGCAUAAUCAAAUAAUCUUAAAGUUGUGGUGUUUCUAUCCAUCUCAAGUCAUUUUGUGAUUCAUGGUUUUUUAAUGCUAUGACAAUUACAGAGAUGAAUGGUAUUGAAUUGUAAAUGAUAAAGUCAUUCUAGAAGUAAUAUUCCCAUCAAAACAAACUGAAAAUCCAAAGAUGCAAAUGAAUAUUGUUGUUCUUUAGUGUUGUUAAAGUAGUUUAUUCAUCAUUUAUCUAUGUGAUUCCAGUUUUUAAAUUAUUGUUAGUUUAAACAGAUUUUAGUUUGACAAAAAUCAAGUGGUUGGAGCUACUGCUCUCUUGCUUCUGUAAAUUGUAAAGUAGAUGAAUAUUACACUUGCAUACUUGUACUUUGUUUCCCUGUGGUGUCUGUGGAAGUCCCAAGACAGCUCCAAUUACUGUACCAUCUGAUUAAUUUUAGUAUUAUCGCACUCAGCUGCAUUGAAAACCAUUGGCAGAUUGAUUGGCACCAUGAUAGUAAAGAUCAGUAUUGGUUUGGCUUGACACUAAUGCUUACAGCCCCUAUUCCAGUGAAGCUGAUUUUAAAAUAUUAUUAAUGUAUUAGAUCUUUGUAUAUUAUGUUGAAUAAAAGAAUCAGCAAACAA